AAUGAAGAACAGGUGCAGUCAUAAUUUCAAUAGGGGCCGGAAGAGAGAGACAAUGAAGAGCGCGCCAAUAAAACGUCCGACAUUAUAAUCACUCUCACUUCCUACACUCUUUUGCCGUCCCUCAUCCGCCGUCGCCGUCGCAUUUUCGGAGCUUCAGUGAAGGCAUAAUCUCCUAGCACGAUGUCAGAUUUAGUGGUUCCUUUGCGCCCAAAGAGGAAGAAGGUCUGGGUGGACUACUUUGUGCAAUUCAGAUGGAUUUUAGUCAUUUUUGUUGUCCUUCCCAUAUCAUUCAGCCUAUACUUCUUCACAUAUCUUGGGGACGUCAGAUCUGCCUGGAAGUCCUACAAGAAACGCCAAAAGGAACAUGAUGAAAAUGUGCAGAAAGUUGUAAAGCGCCUUAAACAGAGGAACCCAGCAAAGGAUGGACUUGUUUGCACAGCACGCAAGCCUUGGAUUGCUGUUGGAAUGCGAAAUGUUGACUACAAACGAGCACGUCAUUUUGAGGUUGAUUUAUCGGCUUUUCGGAAUAUUUUGGAUAUUGACAAAGAUAGAAUGAUUGCCAAAGUUGAACCCCUUGUGAACAUGGGGCAAAUAAGUAGGGCCACUGUUCCGCUCAAUCUUUCUCUUGCUGUAGUUGCUGAACUUGACGAUCUUACUGUUGGAGGACUCAUCAACGGCUAUGGAAUUGAAGGAAGCUCCCAUCUCUAUGGCUUGUUCUCGGACACUGUUGUGGCUUAUGAGAUUGUUCUAGCAGAUGGCCAGGUUGUUAGAGCAACUAAAGAUAAUGAGUACUCAGAUCUUUUCUAUGCAAUCCCAUGGUCCCAAGGAACAAUUGGUCUUCUUGUUGCUGCUGAGAUUAAGCUCAUACCCAUUAAAGAGUAUAUGAAAGUCACCUAUAAACCUUUUAGAGGGACAUUAAAAGAGAUUGGACAAGCUUAUAUGGAUUCACUAGCACCUAGAGAUGGAGAUCAAGAUAACCCAGAAAAGGUUCCCGACUUUGUUGAGACUAUGAUUUAUACCCCUUCUGAAGCUGUGGUCAUGACAGGUAGAUAUGCUUCCAAAGAAGAGGCUAAGAAAAGGGGAAAUGUGAUAAAUCAGAUUGGAUGGUGGUUCAAACCAUGGUUCUACCAGCAUGCAUCUACAGCACUCAAGAAAGGGGAGUUUGUGGAGUAUAUCCCUACAAGGGAUUACUAUCAUAGACACACCAGGUCUUUGUAUUGGGAGGGAAAGCUAAUCCUUCCCUUUGCAGAUCAAUGGUGGUUCAGAUUUUUAUUGGGAUGGAUGAUGCCUCCCAAAGUUUCUCUGCUCAAAGCUACCCAAGGUGAAGCUAUCAGAAAUUAUUAUCAUGAAAUGCAUGUUAUUCAAGACAUGCUUGUUCCUCUUUACAAGGUUCCGGAUGCUUUGGAGUGGGCUCAUCGUGAGUUUGAGGUUUACCCUAUUUGGCUCUGCCCACACAGAAUCUUCAAGCUUCCAGUCAAAACCAUGAUAUAUCCCGAGCCAGGAUUCGAGCUACAACGUCGACAAGGCGAUACACAUUAUGCUCAAAUGUACACAGAUGUUGGACUCUACUAUGCACCAGGUCCUGUCCUGAGGGGUGAAGUUUUCGACGGUGCCGAGGCUGUCCGUAGAAUGGAGAAAUGGCUUCUAGAAAACCAUGGAUUCCAGGCUCUGUAUGCAGUUUCGGAACUGAAUGAGAAAGAUUUCUGGAGAAUGUUUGAUGCUGGACUCUAUGAACAAUGCCGGAAGAAAUAUGGAGCUGUAGGAACCUUUAUGACAGUGUAUUACAAGUCCAAGAAAGGUCGAAAAACCGAGAAGGAAGUGAGGGAAGCUGAACAAGCUCAUCUUGAAACUACUUAUGCUGAACUUGAACAACCCAAUUAAAUUGAGUUCCUCCUUCAAAUAUUUGGUGGGUUUUUCUUAUUUAAUUCUCUCUCUCUCUCUCUCUCUCUCUCUUUGGUACUUUUUCUUUUUUCAAGCAAAUGAUGCUUUUGUAGUUUCAUAUCUGAUCUGAGUUGUCUGUCUGACCCGCCUUGGCUCUCUUAAGGAUUAAUUUGAGAAUGUUGUAGUUUGAACUGUUGAACUUGAUGAGUUUUCAUUAGAGUUUGUCUUUGAUGUGUUUUAUGCAUAGAUGAGAUGAGAUGUUGAUGGAAAUAUCUAAAAAAA